AUGAUACCUGCUAAGAGACACCUGCCCACGCUCGCACCUAAAACUGCACGCUCACGAAAUGAUCGAUGCGCCGACCAAGCAGGUACUUCAACUAGUUUGGAGCUGCCACGCAAGCGUCGGCUAGUCGGCAUAGCCUGUAAUAACUGCAGAAAGCGAAAGGUAAAGCAAGUGCGCGGAACUGGUGUCAUGUUGGGCAUCGAUCUGAUCUCCGACAUUGCAACGGAUAUUGAGCAGAAGGUUUUACUCGAGUAUGGGCUCGUGUUAUGGGUGAGCACAAACAAGCAUUAUCUGCUUCUAACACCUCCUUAUGCCAUGACAGACGAACAGUUUGAACGUGUGGCGGAUGCGCUGAGAAAGGUCUUGUCAAGCAUGGCAACUUUGGCAGAGAGUGCUAUUAGUAAGAGCCGUCAAUAUUAG